UCCACAACCACGUCUGCUCGCAACAGGCCGCUUGAGAGUUAUAACAACUGUGGGGGGUCCGUCCGUACAUCUCCACCUGCCAAUCUUCAAUCAACUCUCACCGAUGAAGGCGAGUCCCUGUUCUUCUCUUAUCCAGAUCUGAAGGCAGCUAAUCUGCAAUUGCAACCUCCAUAUCUUCAUUCAGGCUACAGUUACAUGUGAGAACAAAUGGAUUGUGAAGCUACUAGUGUGCACAAUCUCUUGGAACGUAUGAUAGUUGAUGAAAGCAUAGAGCCGACAGGUUUGCCAUUAGCACUUCUGAAAGCCAUCACCAAUAAUUUCUCAGCCAAUCAGCAAAUUGGCAAAGGUGGGUUUGCAGUUGUUUACAAGGGACAGCUUCAGGGUGGCACAGUCGCUGUGAAAAGACUGUCCCCAGAACUUGAUAUGGACGAGAAGAACUUCAACCAUGAGAUUAGCAGUCUGAUAAAGGUGAAGCACAAAAACAUAGUAAGGUUCCUAGGAUAUUGUUCCGACACACAAGGGAAAGUAGAGACGUAUCAGGGAAAGACGGUCAUGGCAGACGUACGACAAAGGUUGCUCUGCUUUGAGUUCCUGCCAAAUGGGAGUCUUGAUCGUUAUAUUACUGAUGCAUCUCGUGGACUUGAAUGGAGGAUACGCUAUCAAAUAAUAAAGGGAAUAUGUGAGGGUUUACAUUAUCUGCACCAAAACAAAAUAGUUCACUUAGAUCUCAAACCUGCAAACAUACUGUUGACGUACAAUAUGGUGCCCAAAAUUGCUGAUUUUGGUCUCUCAAGAUGCUUUGAUGAAAACCAAAGCCAAACUAUAGCAUCGAAAGUGGUUGGAUCAUUGGGAUAUUUGGCACCAGAAUCCUAUAGUAGAGUAAUCACAUUCAAGUUAGACAUAUACAGCCUUGGUGUUAUAAUCAUGGAGAUAUUGACAGGAAAUAAGGGGUAUUCUGAGAUUGAGAAUGUACUUGAAAGUUGGAGUAAUAGGAUCGAAACAUUAAAUCAAGACAUAGAACUGAACCAGGUAAGGGUAUGCGCCCAGAUAGGGGUAGAGUGCAGUGACUUCAACCCAGCGAAGAGACCAGUUAUGCAGUAUAUAAUUGAGACACUUUAUGAAAUGGAGCAGACAUAUGGUUUUAUUGAAACGGACCUCUGUACUUCAUCAACAACACAUCAUCGAGUCGGACACGGCUAAAAAAAGGAUUUUCUGAGAUAGAGUCUCUGGUUAACAGAAACAGAUAUUUUUUAGGAGCUACAUCAAAGCAGGCAUAUGAAUGACUUCGUACGUUGACAUGACUAUAUCAUAGUUAUAGUUUUGAAGGUUGCAGUCAAAAAUCAAGAAGCUCGUUCAUCAAAAUCAAUAUGGAUUCAUCAAGUCUAGGACCAUACAGGAUUGUUUGGCUUGGGCAUUGGAGUAUCUGCAUAUCUGUCGCACUUCAAAAAAAGAGCUGAUUAUCCUCAAGCUUGACCUUGAAAAAGCUUUUGAUAAAAUUGAGCAUGGUGCAAUUUUGGAGAUUCUUAAGGCCAAAGGUUUUGGACAAAAUUGGGACGAUUGGAUAAGUUCCAUUCUCUGUUCUAGGACUUCUUCUGUUUUGUUAAAUGGAGUGCCAGGCAAAGUUUUUCACUGCAAAAGGGGGGUCAUGUAGGGGACCCUCUAUCCCCUUUACUCUUUGUGCUUGCAGCAGACCUCCUCCAAUCUUGCAUCAACAAGACUAAAGACCAAGGGAUCCUCAAACUACCAAUACCUCUAAGAUACACAAGUGACUUCCCCAUCAUUCAAUAUGCAGAUGACACUUUGUUAGUGAUGGAGGCAAACAGUAGGCAGCUGUUAGCUCUAAAAAGUCUAUUGUACACCUUUGGUGAAUCCACUGGCUUGAAAGUAAAUUACUCUAAAUCUUUCAUGGUUCCUAUCAACCUGAACCAGGAAAAUACAUCAUUUGGCAAGGACGUUUGACUGUGAUAUAUUGGUUGUUUACCUUUCACUUACCUGGGCCUUCCUUUAGGUCUCACUAAGCCAAGAAUUGUUGAUUUCUGUCCUUUGGUUAGCAAGUGUGAACGUAGACUUGCAGCAACAUCAAUCUUUCUUAACCAGGCAGGGAGGCUUGAAGUGACCAACUCCAUCCUAACUGCAAUGCCUACUUUUUGUAUGAGCACGUUCCUUCUUCAGCAAACAGUCAUUGAGCAAAUUGACAAAUUCAGAAAGUUAUGUCUGUGGAGGGGAGCUGACAUAAACGCAAAGCAAAGACCAAAAGCAGCAUGGUCUUCAGUUUGUAAAUAAAAAAAUGGAGGUGGGCUGGGUGUUCUGUGCCUCAAAACUCAGAAUGAAACUCUACUGUUAAAACAUUUGCACAAGUUCUUCAACAAAGAUAACCUGCCCUGGGUAGCUCUGAUCUGGGAGAAACACUGUAGUAAUGGUAGACUACCAGGUAGCACAAGAAAAGGUUCGUUUUGGUGGAGAGAUAUCUUAAAGUUACUGCAUAAAUUCAAGGAAUGGCAAGGUUUGAAAGCGGUAGUGGAAAUUCUUGCUUUCUAUGGCAUGACCUGUGGGGUGAUGUAGUUCUGGCUCAAAGCUUCCCUGAACUCUAUUCAUUUGCGAAGAAGAAAAACAUCACUCUAGCUGAAGGGACAUCCCAGUUGCCCCUUCACACACUCUUUCAUCUCCCGAUGUCAACACAGGCUCAUUACCAGAUGCUGCAACUUUAGAUCCUAAUAGAGCAUGCAAAUCUU